GCUUUUCAAACAGAACAAAAAUAGUAAUUGCAGCAUUAUCUUAAAUUUAUUGCAAAUCUUCCCAUAAUAGGAUUUUUUUUUUAAUUUUACUGGUUAGUACCAAUGCGGUGGCAGGGUGGCCGGCGUGGCGUCAUGAUAACGGUUUUUUAAUUUUUCAUCGUUGAGCACCGUGGGGGUCACAUGUGACCGUAAUAAACAAGACUAAAUUAUUUGUGGCGAUGAACCUUAUUGAAGCAUGGAAGGCAGUAGUGUUCAGUACACUGAACACAAUAGCUACUCGUCUUCUUAGUUUUGUUUUUUGCCAUUUUUCUAGUCAUAAUCUUAACGUUUUCUUUGUAGCAUUGAACACAAAAUCUAGAGUUUUUCACUGGUCCAGGCUUUUUUUUUCAGUUCGUGUUUCAAUCUCUUUGGUCUCUGUUCUUAUAGUAUAGGUCAUCAGUCGUUGUUCUUCCGGAACUAGUUAGCCAUUCAACUAUUUUCUUUCUGUAAUUUACGAUUGAUAUCUGGGUUUGUGUGGUUUCCGUGUACAUGAUAAAUAAAAAAAUAAUUACGCAAGUUGCCGCUACAAUAUUUGACAUCUGUUUACACGUUAUACUUGCAGCAAGUGUUGCAAGCUUGCAAAAAGCAAAAAGUUUGAUUGCCAGGACUGUUUACACGCUGGCAUUCGCUUGCAGAAAUAUUAUUCUGCGAGUUUUAUUGCUAGUCUAAACGUCUGUACUGUUUACACAAUGCAAGUCGCUUGGGGAAGUCAACUUCUGCAAUUUUUAUUGCUAGUCUAAACCUCGCUCUAAAUUUGCCAGCGGUACUACUUACGUGCUGUGACCCCAGUCCCUAGACUACGACCUACGUACUGCGAAGUAUAGUAUAAAAUAUAAUACGAGCUUACAUAAACCUAAUUAUAAAACCUUCAUGGGAAUUCGUAGGAAAAAAAAUUAAAGCGCACAGUUCCAAACGCCCUUUUUUAACGAAAUAGCGCGAUUCGGUGUACUUAUUUCCUGUACGUCAUGGGUUUCCCAUGACGGAUACAAACAAGCAUUGUUUAACAAAUGUAUGUUUCAUACCUAGGUAGUUUUGGCACUGAUAUCCUAUAAUAUGAAAUUGAUGAUUGAAUUAAAGUCCGUUAGUGUCAAAAUUAUGAAAAUAUAUCGAAUUAUAUAUGCUCUUAUCAUAAUUAAUGAGACAUUUAACAGUAGGCAUUGACUUUUAUUUUUGUAUUUCAAAUGCAAUAAUUGGGUACUUGACACAUGUUGAAUAAUAAAAUUUAGUUACAUGGAUAGAAAAUGAGCCAUCCAUUAUAAAAAAGUGGAAUUUAAAAAAUUAUAUUGUGAUUAUAAAAAAAUACAAGCCUCGGAAAAUCUCAAAAAUAUUUUUUUUUUGUCUUUCAAAAAUAGAAAAGAAAAUAGUAGCAUUCGAUUCCUUACAUUUUAUUGAAAAAUAAAUUGUAUGACAACUAUACACAUAAACGCAAUAUUUCAGGGUCAAAAUGGCAAUUUCCUUGAUCUUCCAUACAUUUAGGACAGACUUAUAUGAUGUGACGUCACGUCACCUUAUCAUUUUGUUAGAGGCGUUUCAAUCGUCGAGUGCGAGCGUCAGACUUUAACUCUCAUUUCUGAUCUUUGUGUUGCUUAAAUACCAUGAGUCCUAUAUAGACAUUUGAUCCUCAGGAAUCAAAGGCCAGUUGGUGUAAGUGUAAGAGAAGGGCGGGGUUGACUUAGAAGAAAAAGCUAAUUUCCAAAACUACUUAUAUUCGUCACAAAAAAGGGAAAACACAUAAAACACUAAUAACACAAAAUAGGGGAACAAUCACAUAAAAGAAACUUAGAUUAUCGCGGGAAUAACAUUUUUGGCGCGCAAAUCACGUAUGUGUCAAAGGUUGCGAUGCGCCGCGAAAGCCUCCACUACACAUCAACAGACGCGUCCGCCGAUGGUCCGCCGACGUUCGCGAAUGCAUCGGGAGACGAAUCUGGCCCACCGUCCACACGUCUGUGUAUCGUUCAGUCUGAGUUCUGCCUCGGCAGACUACACAGUACACGCGCAGCGCAAGAUGGACUUAGAGACCGUAGCCGCCGCAGCCAUUUAUUUAUUUAGUAGUUACAGCUACUACGUAAAUGUGCAUCGCAAUGUCGUUAUUAAGAAGAAGUGGAGACGGAGAAGAUGGUGGAUAUUGGCUAUACAUAGAAAGAGAACGAAGGUUAGCAUGGAAAACCAGUUUGCUGAACUGUGCGCUGAGCCAUCGGGUGAAUUUAGCAAUUUCGUUCGAAUGUCUUGCAGCGAUUUUGAAUACCUUCUACAAAAGAUUACACCAAUGGUUAUUAAACAAGAUACUUAUUGGAGGGAUGCAAUUCCAGUAAAAGUGCGCCUGGCAGUAACAUUAAGAUACCUUGCUACUGGAGACAGCUAUAGAAGCUUGCACUACCUAUUUAAAAUUUCAAGCCAAGUUAUAUCCAUUAUUGUCCCUGAAGUAUGUUUGGCGCUCAAUAAAGUGUUGAAGAAUAUAGUGAAGAUGCCUAAAACUACGGAUGAAUGGCUUUCAAAGACAAAGGGUUCAAUUUUCCUCAUUGCAUCGGCGCUUUGGAUGGAAAGCACAUUAUGAUUCUACCGCCUCCCCAUACCGGAACGGAGUACUUUAAUUAUAAAGGACAUUUCAGUAUUGUCCUCUUGGCACUAGUUGAUAGUGACUACUGUUUCAUGUUUGCGGAUAUAGGAUGUUCGGGGCGAAUCAGCGACGGUGGAGUUUAUAAUCAAAGUAUUUUAAAGCAAAAAAUUAAUACAAAUGCGAUCAACUUGCCACCUCCAAGUCGUUUACCCAAUAGUGACACUUGUUUACCAUAUGUAUUUUUAGCUGAUGCAGCAUUUGCAUUGAGUACAAACAUAAUGAAACCAUUUCCUGGCCAUCAUGCCGCUGGUACUCCGGAGAGAUUAUUCAAUCAAAAACUUUCUAGUUCGCGUGUAGCAGUUGAAAAUACUUUUGGAAUAAUGUCUAGCGUAUUCAGAAUUUUUAAGAAACCUAUUCCACUAAGUACAGAAAAGGCAUCAGUGAUUACAAUGACAUGCGUUUUGCUGCACAAUUUCUUAAGAACUAGUAAAACAUCUAGACAACUGUACACUCCCCCAAAUUCCGUCGGUACAUUAGUAAAUGGAGAAUUAACUCAGCCAGGAUCUUGGCGACAAAACACGGGUUCAUUUGUUCCGCUGCAACCUGUCCCCCGAAGAGCUCCUAUGUGUGGAGUUGAAACAAGAUUAAACUUUAUGAAAUAUAUUCAGGAGAAUAACAAU